UCUCAGAAUCCAAAUAUGUUAAGCUGACAGAGUGCACUUGAACUUUUCACUUUCCUGAACCUCACACUGGUGUGAUUCAUAAGGCAUUGGAAAGAAAGAGAAGGUCUUGAGGAAAGGUGGGAAAGGAGCUACUUAGAUGGGGAGGUUAAUUUGAACAGAAUAAUGAACAACACUCGAGGCCUUGAUUUCUUUGCUUAGUUGGGCUUUCUAAGCCUAUGAAAAGGGGAGAGAGAAGAUCAGACCAUGCCAAAAGUAUUGGGCCAAGCAUGAUAAUGGAUGAGAGCAGCUUGAUAAUCCCCAUCAAUAAAGAUGCCUAUGAAGUUCUUAAGAAAGGAGAGGACUGUUUAAGCAAUCUCAUUUGCAAAAAGUUUGCUUGUACGUUGACCUUCAAAAGUACAAAAUGCACCACUGAAGUAUACAGGAAGAAACUAAAGCAGGGAAUUGACAUUUGUGUUUGUAAGGAUGAUCUCACAAGACACAGGGCCGAUGCUUUGGUGAAUGCAGCCAAUGAAUAUCUAGAGCAUUCAGGAGGCCUUGCUUUAGCCCUUGUGAACGCUGGAGGGCCAGAAAUAGCAGAGCAAAGCAAUCUUCAUAUUCAAAGGUAUGGAAAACUCACAGUUGGCAAAAUAGCAGUGACAGGUGGAGGGAAGCUUCCUUGUAAGAAAAUUAUUCAUACAGUUGGUCCAAGGUGGACCGUUUUUGAAAAGGAAAGAUGUUGUGACCUGCUUCAGGAAGCUAUCGUGAAUGUUCUGAAGUACGUUAGCGCCCCAGAAAAUACUAUAAAGUCUGUGGCUAUCCCAGCAGUGAGUUCAGGUAUUUUUGGCUUCCCGCUCAGUCUGUGUGCUCAAGUGAUUGUAAUGGCUGUAAGGGGAUUUGUUGAGGCAAGUCCACCCAGCUGUCUCAGGGAGAUCCGCCUGGUGAACAUUUCUGAGCCUACAGUUGCAGAAAUGAAGAAGGUCUGUGAAAAGUUUCUGGGUGAUACCAGUUCACUUCAGGAAACUCUUUCAGCUUCACCAAGCCAGCCUUCAGCUUUCAUCAAACAUGGAGACAUUCGCUUGCGCAUCAUAAGAGGACUCAUUGAAGAGCAGAAGACUACAGCUGUUGUUAAUUCUGUGUCUGUGAAUGGCGAGCCUUACUGUCCGGUUUCAAGAGGACUGCUGCAAAAAGCGGGUUCAGGUCUUCAGAAUGAACUUCAGUCUCGUCUAAGACGUGGUUUGCCUCAUGAGAAACUCAUAGUAACACAAGGCUAUAAUCUGGCCUGUGAGCUUGUACUGCACGUUCUAUGGCAGCCAUACCACCACAGAGUGUUACUGUGUGAGGAAUUAAAAGCUGCAAUGAUAAGAUGCCUGUGUCACCUUUUGGACUGGCGGUCUCCCUCAGUUUCUUUUCCAGCAAAUGGGAUUUGGUUGUUAAUGCUGCCUGUUGAUAUAGUGGCAGAGAUCAUGAUUGGCGAGGUUUUAAAUUUUGCCAGGGCACACCCUGAGAAGAAGAUGGAUGUGCAGUUUGUCUUUUGCCCAGAUGACUAUGAUGCCUAUCAGGUUUUUCAGGGAAAAUUUUAUUCAGCAGCACAGAAACUGGGAAAAAAGGAGUAUUACGACAGAAGUGAUCAUUUGAGUACAGAGUCAGGCAGUCAAAGCAUAAAAGAGACUGCAAAUAAUGAACCAGCUAUUGAACUUAAAGGGAACACACAUACAGCAUUGGAAGCAGCAGAAUCGUGGAUCCAAAGCGUGGUACAAAUUCAGGAAAGUCACCGUGCCGUUAUUGAAAACAACUACAUUUUUAGCCUCGGUAAAAACGAGUUUGCAGAACUAUCUCAAGAGUGGCAUUCUAGUGUAUGUGUAUCAGAAGAAGUGCGAGGUGGAAAAGCAAGACUGGAAUUUCAGGGCCCCCCUAAUGCUGUGAUUGAAGCAGUGCUCGCAACUGAAAAAUUACUGCUUCGUAUGCAAGAGAAGACUACAGCCAAACAAGAGGAACUGCUGUACUUAAUGGGCCAACCAGAAGCAGGUCAGCUUUCGGAAGGACACCAUCACAGGACAGAUAUUACUAAACGCGUCCAGAUUUCACUGGUGGAAUCAUACCUUCAGGAGUUUAAAGACAGACAGAAACAGUUUGAAAAAGCUGGGCUUUGUGUUCUCAAGAUUGAGAAGAUAUAUAAUCCUCUUUUAUCUGCUGCAUUCCAACAAAUGAAAAAAAAAAUAGAAGAAAAACAAGGUACCUCCAAAGUAACCCACAAGCUGUACCAGCAUGUUCCUGCUCAGUUCUGCAGCUCGGUGUGCCAAACUGGAUUUCACAGGAUGUACUCACCACCAACAGAACAAAAAUAUGGAGCCGGCAUCUACUUUAAAAGGAACCCGAAAAGCCUAAUCGAGCAUAAAGAUACGUGGGAAGCAGACUCUAAAAUGUACGUCUUUGAGGUUGAUGUAUUAACAGGCUUAUACACUAAAGGGAAGCCGUCUUACAUUAUGCCACCGGCAGUGGAGGGGGAUGCCAUUAGGGUAUAUGACAGCUUAGUAGAUGAUGUAAACAAUCCUGACACCUUUGUCAUUUGCAACAGCAUUGGGGCCCUUCCACAAUAUUUGUUGACUUGUUCCCGAGUGAGGGAGAGGUAUACGGCCCUCUGAGGAAACCAGAAGCAUCCUGAGUAAGAAUUAAUCAGAACUGUAGCUAUUGUGAAGACCCCUUCAGAACAAAGUCUAGUACUUAGAUUUUAAGAGGAUGCUCUACCUAGUAACAUGCUGUGAUCAAAGUGCCUUGUGCAAAGUGCUCUGGGAUAUCUGUGAACAAAAAAAGUAAGUCAAUACCUUAAGGAGAUUAGAAAACAAACUAUCUGUGAAUGGAAACGGAAGGGAAAGCAUCACAACAUACAGUUUAACAUUUAUCUGGUCAUUUACUUUAUGCCUUAAAGCAUUCUGAGCGUGUGACUAUACACUUGAUGUUUGUGUAGGUUGUCAUUCUUCCAUUACAUUUUCUUAAUUUGAGAUAUUGCAUAUAUUAGUGAAACCCAAAAAAUCUUGGUUGUGCCUUUGAUUCUUAAAUUUUCUUUUGACUUAAAUAGGUGAAUGUAUCAGGUGAAAGCUGUUUCCCACUUGGGGACAUGCUAUUAAAUACACAUAGUUAUGACAAGUGUGAGGCAAUACUUCAUAAUUUCUAACAGUAGUUGCUGUUACAGUUUUUAUUAGUUCAGAGAUUCCGAGCACUGGAGAUACAUGUAUUCAAAAUAAAAAGUAUGAAUGAUACUGUCAGCUAACCUGUUAUUUUUCCAUAUAGUUUUAAGAACGUGACCUGGACUGUAUUUGAGCUUCAGAUUUCUCAGUCGUGUUCACUCUCUUUGAAAGGCUACAAAAUAGUAGAGAACUGGUUCAAGCUGCAGCUUGAAAUUGCUCUUCAAUUAAUCUGCCUUUACCAGUAUUUUUUAAAGAUUAAGUGUCAAGUGUAGAUAUCCCCACAUUGCUUCUGUAGUGACCUGAAGCCAGUAAACGGAAAAGCCUAAGAGCUGUUUUACUCAUUUCAAUGUAAAAGGGGAUUUAGUCCAGCUCUCAGGUACUUUGAAACUUUCUGUACUAAAGCCUGAAACUGUCUGACGUUAGCAGGGUUUAAAACAAAUCUAUUGCCCCAAACUGAAGGCUACUACCAGAUUUGUCCAAUCUGAAGCACUUAAAACCACUAGUUAUGGCCCUAACUAAACACCCAACGGCUUAUAACGGUGCUGUAAUACAGAAAUAAAGGCUCAUCUGUCAAGAUCACUUCUGCUUCUAGAUUGAAAAGUCAUCUGUGGUUAAAACUGUAAUUAUCUGGGGAGAAGAAAGGCUCGCAUAAAACUAUUAAAAAAUGACGACAUUGUCACAUGAAAAGCAUUUCAUCCACAUGUAAAGCACUGUGCUAAAGGAGAGCAGUCUGAACCCUGAAACAUAGACGAAAUUAGCAGUCAAUAAAACUUUUCAAAAUAAUUGAUUAAUGAAUUCUCAGCACACUUGUGCUGCUCCUGCAACUCCCAAGAUAGUAGUCAUAGUGCUAGGAACCACUCACAAGUCCAAAAGAAAGUAAGUCAUAAAAGUCUAAUUCUGAACUCUAAGUGAGGUUGCAAGUGGAAAAAAUUUUUUGUACCAUUGCAAAACAAACU